CCUUUGGUUCACUUUCACUGUCCCAAACGGAAAAUAGGAAACCGCAAAUAAAAGAGAACACAAUUCAACUAAACAAACCCUAAAACUAAUCCAAAUCAAAACGGAAGAAGAGGGUGAGAUAGAGGGAAUCGUGAAUGGCGAGGUAGAAUCUCUGAGCUGAAUCGAUCGGGAGAACAUCUGAGUUAGAGUUGUAGAUAAAGUUUAGUUUUAUAAAUGGGCGCAGCGGGUUCAAAACUCGAGAAGGCAUUGGGUGAUCAGUUCCCUGAAGGCGAACGAUAUUUUGGCCUUGAGAACUUCGGCAACACUUGCUAUUGUAACAGCUUUUUGCAUUUAUUUUUCUUUAUUGUCCCAUUUCGUGAACAGCUGCUAGAAUAUUAUGCAAGUCAUAAAAAUGGUGCUGAUGCUGAAGAUAACUUGCUGACUUGCUUGGCAGAUCUGUUUACACUGAUAAAUUCACAGAAGAAGAAGACAGGUGUCGUUGCUCCAAAGCGUUUUGUACAGAGAUUGAAGAAACAAAAUGAGCUUUUUCGCAGCUAUAUGCACCAGGAUGCUCAUGGGUUCUUGAAUUUUUUGCUAAAUGAACUUGUUGACAUACUGGAGAAAGAGGCUCAAGCUGCAAAAAAUGAGGCAGAAACUUCAUCGUCGUCUGAAAAGACUGCAAAUGGGUCAAAGAAUCCUCAGGCAAAUGGUGUUAAAAAAGAGCCUCUGGUUACCUGGGUUCACAAGAAUUUUCAGGGAAUACUUACCAAUGAGACAAGAUGCUUGCGAUGUGAGACAGUGAUGGCGAGAGACGAAGCUUUCUUGGAUUUGAGCCUUGAUAUUGAACAAAAUAGCUCAAUAACUAGCUGUUUGAAAAAUUUUAGUUCUACCAAGACAUUGAAUGCAGAAGACAAGUUUUUCUGUGACAAGUGCUGCAGUUUGCAAGGGGCCCAGAAGAGAAUGAAAAUAAAGAAGCCUCCUCACAUCCUGGUUAUCCAUUUGAAACGGUUCAAGUACAUAGAGCAGCUUGGCCGGUACAAGAAGCUCUCCUACUGUGUUGUGUUCCCAGUUGAGCUGAAACUGAGCAAUACUGUAGAAGACGCAGAUUCAGAGUAUUCUCUAUUCGCUGUAGUAGUACAUGUGGGAAGUGGACCUAACCAUGGGCACUACGUUAGCCUGGUGAAAAGCCAUAACCACUGGUUAUUUUUUGACGAUGAAAAUGUGGAGAUGAUUGACGAGUCUGCAGUUCAGACAUUUUUCGGGUCAGCCCAGGAGUACUCAAGCAAUACAGAUCACGGGUAUAUCUUAUUUUAUGAAAGCCUUGGUGCAAACAACAACUGAGAAAAGAGGGUUUCGAUUUUACCAUGAGUACAUAUAUUCUAUUCUCUCGAAACUUCAGUUUUCUCUAACCGCCUAUGCUUAAUAAUUUUUCCCACCGUUUUUCUUUGAUUUCCAAUACCGGUGGAAGAGCUCAGUGAGAUGAUGUGGGUUUUGAAAAUAAUGUAUACUUAGGUUGUCUUCAUGUACAGUGGAUGGUGGAAGCACAAUGCCCUUUUGUUUCUGUUUUUCCACAAUAAGAGGGGGGAAAAGAGCAGUGUACAAAUGUUGUGAUGAGAACAUCAGAGCUUGUAUGUGUCAUGGUUGAUAAUGUUUUGAUAUUAGCAAUGCCUUUGGAAUUGCUUCCAACUUUUUA